AUUCACAUACUCCUCACACUUUCAUCAUUGCAAAAACCAUUUCCCAUAUAAAGAAAAUUCCAUCAACUAAAAAUAUACAGAAUUCGAAAAUCACUCUCAAACCAUUUUCUUUUCUCUCUUUUCCUCUUCCAAUUUUCCCUCUUCAUUUUCCUUCACUUUUCUCUCGUUUUCUCGCACAACAAACCCUAACCCUAACCCUAACCAGCACGUUUUCUUCCUUACCGGCGACACAUGGAGAUGUCAAUGGAAGAUUUGCGCUCGUUUGAAAUCCUCUCCAUCAUUCUCACCGCUUUUUUCCGUUUUGUUCGUUCUCCUCGAAUACCCCAACAUUUUAUACCGAUUACGCAAAGUAAACCUAGUUUCACUGCUGCGUUUUAAGGUUUCUUCUUCAAAUUUCGCUUUUCAAUUGUUUAAUUACCCCUUUUUUGCUCGAAAUUGUUGACUUGUUACUCGUGAUUUAUUGCAUUUGUCAAAUAUUUUCUGUUAGUAUGAAUUUAUUUAUCAAAUCUUUGAAUAUUGAAAGUAAAUUAUUGUUGAAUUUGAGAAAUUACUGUUGUGGUAUGCUUCUAGGGUUUGAAAUCUUGAUAAUAGCUUAGGAGAUUAUUAUUUUUUAGAAUUUCAGAGAAAGUUUUCGUUGAAUUUGUGUUCUUGUUGGUUAUUGAAUUUGAAAUUUCGUAUUUUCGGUGGAAAAAUUUGAAAUGGGUGGGAAGUUGGAAUUGGGGUCUUGUUCGAAUGUUGGUGGUUCGAAUAAUCUGAGAGAGAAAGGUGCGAGGAUUAUACUGAGACACAUUAGAGCUCAAGGGCAUCCUUACAUCGAGUUACGUGAGAAUGGGAAAAAGUAUAUAUAUUUCUGUGUUUUGUGUCUUGCUCGAUGUUAUAGUGAUAGUGUUGUGUAUGAUCAUUUGAAGGGUAAGCUUCAUAGGUCUAGAUUAGAUUAUGCUAGACGUACUUUGAUGAAGCCGAAUCCGUGGCCUUUUAGUGAUGGUCUUAUAUUCUUUGAUAAUUCAUCUGAGGGUGAUAAAGAACCGGAAACUGUAAAUGGUAACCGAAAUAGAUUGUUGAAGCUAAUUGAAAGUGGCAACGACAAUUGUCGUGCCAUUGUGGCUUUUAAUGAAGAGGCUCAGUCAGAUGCUCAACCAAUUGCAAGGGAUGAUACACAAGCUGAUGGUUCUAUGUCGGUGAUUCCAUGUUUGAAGAUUGCAAGUGAAGCUACUAAUGUGAAAGUUAGGAAAAUUGGCUUGGGGAAGAUUUCUGCUAGGUUUGCUGAGAAGUAUGGCUCUUUAGGGAAUGAAAUUAGAAGAAUUUGGUGUGAAUGGUUAGGAAAAGAGAAUAAUCAACAAGAUGACACUGAGGUUCAAGAGCAUGAUUUUGCGGUUGUAGUUUUCCCUUAUAGCUAUGAUUUGGGUCGGGACAAAGUGCUUGAGGUCGAGGAUGCUAAGUCAUUACUCCCAUCCUCCUCUAUGCUAGAACUGGAAGAUGAGAGGGAAAGUGGUCGAAAGAGAAAAGAACCAUCGUCUGACGUUGAAGAUGUUGAUGAAAUUCGCAGGCACUAUGCUUCAGAAGAGUCUCCACCUUUGAGGAAUGCCCCCUCAACAUUGACGCUUGAUCAAUCCAACAGUCAGCUUCUUCAAACUAACUUUGUUUCAAACAGGGCGAUCAGGAAGGCAAUCAGACGGCGAGAGCGCUUAGCAGCAGAAAAAGUAUGCAACAUCUGUCAACAAAACAUGAUUCCUGGUAAAGAUGUAGCCACUUUUCUGAAUCUGAAGACUGGAAGAGUAGUUUGUUGCAGUCGGAAUCCAACUGGGGCGUUUCAUGUGUUUCAUACAGCCUGCGUCAUACACUGGAUACUCUUGUGCGAAUAUGAAAUGAUCACAGAUCGUUUAGUUAAUCAAAAUGCUUGCCAAAAAGGAAAGAAAAAGAUUGUAACAGGUUCUGGUAAAGAAGACAGGGAUAUAAAACACGUUUUCUGUCCAGAGUGUCAAGGUGCUGGUCUGAUCAUUGCUGAUGGGUUGGAGCAACCAAAAUUGUGUUCUCUGUCCCAGAUGUUUCGACUGAAAUUAAAGAUAAUUCUACAACGCAAAGAAUGGAUCAAGAGUUCUGAAGAUUUGCAGAAUUGCUCAAUUGGGUUUCACUUCCCUUCGGAAUCUGAAGAGAUAGCUGAGGAAAAUGUGGAGCCAAUAAAAAUGUUGCAGUUCUAUCGUGCUGAUGACGAGCAUGUUGUGAGUAAGAAUUGUGCGAAUGUUGCAUAGGGUUUGUUGACUGCUGUAUAUCCGAGUACAUACAUUCGCUUUGCAUUCUUAAGAAUUAUGGGUAGCUUUUUAAGUAGAUGUAGGUUGAAAAAGACGAGUUAUAUAACCUCGCAGACAGUCUCCAUAUUUAACAUUGUGUAUACACACGUUCUUAUGACAUGAUAUGUACAUGCUAAAGGAAUGUCAAAUAUCGUUCUAGACUUCCAGUAAUUUAUUUCCCAAUUAUGUAGUUAAUCAUUGUUAUGCACAA